AUGCUUGCUUCCCUUCUCCUCACUCACUCCGCUUCAGAGACUCCCUCGCUCGCGAUGCUCUCCUUCUCCCGCCGCUCGUCCUCCUCGUCCGUCUCGACCCUCGCGUCGACGACUGCCUCGACCCGCUCAACCUUCGCAAGCAGCACCUUUGACCUCCUCGAACCGGUCAACCUCUCCUCCCUCCCAGUCGAACUCGUCGCCGCAUCCCUCAAGCAGCCCAGCAAGUCGCACUCGCACUCGCACUCGCAUCAUUACCACGAGCACCGUCCGCGCUGCACGCUCGACACGGAGGACGAGAAGUUCGAUUCGAUCUUUUCCUUCCCGCGCAACCACACGACGCACGCCCGCUGCCCCAAGCACGGAAUCGUCCACGACCCCGCGCUCGCACUCCCCGAACGCAACUCGCGCGAGACGUCCAGCUUCGAGAGCAGCUGCUCUUCGACGAAGUCGACUCGCUCGCUCAAGUGCGCCUUGAAGCGCGUCGUCUCGCUCAAGGGGCCAUGA